AUGUCUCUCACCACUUCCAACCAGCAGCUCCGCAACAACGAGGGCAUUGCCGACUACACCAAGUUCUGGCAGAGCGACUCGCGCAAGGACUCUGAGACGGACCAGGCGAACCGUCUGGACCAGUACACCUCGGUGGUGAACGGCUACUACGAUGGUGCGACGGACCUGUACGAGUACGGCUGGGGCAUGAACUUCCACUUUGCGCGCUACUACCCCGGCGAGGCCUUCUACCAGGCGCUGGCCCGCCACGAGCACUACCUUGCCUUUAUGAUGCAGCUGCGUCCCGGCAUGCGCGUGCUCGACGUGGGCUGCGGUGUCGGUGGCCCUGCGCGCGAGAUUGCCCGCUUCGCCGGCGUGAACAUUGUUGGUGUGAACAACAAUGCGUACCAGGUCGAGCGUGCCCGCCGCUAUACCGAAAAGGCCGGUCUCUCUGACCAGAUCGAGUUUGUAAAGGGCGACUUUAUGAACCUCAAGGAGCAGUUUGGCCCCAACAGCUUCGACGCUGUGUACGCGAUCGAGGCGACGUGCCACGCCCCCACCUGGGAAGGCGUCUACGGCGAGAUCCUCUCGGUGCUCAAGCCCGGCGGUAUCUUUGGUCUGUACGAGUGGUGCAUGACCGACAACUACGACGGCUCGAACCCCGAGCACCGCCGCAUUGCCCACGGCAUUGAGCUCGGCGACGGUAUCCCCGAGAUGCGCUCCAUUGUCCAGGCGCGCAAUGCGCUCAAGACGGUCGGCUUCCAGAUCGAGGUGGACGAGGACCUGGCCGACAAGGGCGACAAGAUCCCCUGGUACUACCCUCUCGAGGGCGACAUCCGCAAGGUGCAGACUGCGUGGGACCUGGUGAUGUGCUGGCGCAUGACGUGGUUCGGCAAGUUUACCACGCAGAACGCGGUCAAGAUCCUCGAGCGCUUUGGCCUCGUCCCCAAGGGCACCUACGACGUGGGCGAAUCGCUGAAGGUCGCUGCCGAUGCGCUCGUCGCCGGUGGCCAGACCAAGCUCUUCACCCCCAUGAUGUUCUUUGUCGCUCGCAAGCCCCAGUAG